AUGCUGAACUACCUAAAACGUCGUUUCUCCUCCACCGAACUCAUCAACGAAUUUAAGUCAGGAGUUGGCUAUGGUGUGCAGCAGAGCCACCAACAGCAGCCAGCACCGAAUCAGAAACCAAGUCAGGACUAUAGGUACCUGCCGGAGGAAGUCCGUAGACAAACUGUGGAGGAGAUGUACAUGCAAGGCGCUGCAGAGAGUGAACAGGCAAGGGGGGCACGAACGGCAUUUCCCAGUGCACCAAGCUCUCCCACUAAGCAAUUACCAAUGGGCAUCAGCGGCGGCACUGGUUUCAUGAACACUGUUACAGGACAGCUUACCAAGGCCAGGCAUCUCUUCUCAACGGAGACACUUAAUUCCAUCAUUGGUGAUGUGAAGGCGCCUGGUGCAGCAGGCGGAUCGAAGACCAAGAUCCUAUUGGUCAUUGAUCACCCUCUUACUGAUUGGUUAGUUAAAGAGAUUACUUUUUAG